AAAUGACUAAAUAAAAACAAUAGUAGUACAGCAUAAGCAAACAAUGAAAUUACUCUGCAGAAUCGAUACAGGUCCACUGACCAUCACACAAUACAUGAUGAUCAAUGGACCUGAAUGGACUCGGCCGCUAUUGUGAAACUGGGUACAAUGCAUUCUAGAGACCGCGCAGUGCUGACGAUGGGCUGACCCAGCAGAAUUUUUUUUUAAAAAGAGUACUCCUGUCUAAACAAAACAUCGACACAACUCCUGGUUUAAGAUCUGGUAGGAUUUCUGCGUUAAGCUCCUGAGUGCGGAGCGAAUUGGCACCCCUCAACAUUGCAAACUUCAAAACCAGGACCAAAGGACACAGUUGGAUAUUAAGAGAGGACAGAGGGAAGGAGACUCUUCUUCACACAGAGUGGUUGUAGCAAAAUCGCACAAUGAAACCUGCAGCGUUGCUUUCGUUCGUGUGUCUCUGCAACGUUGGGCUCUCUUUUAAAAUCUGCGCUUUCAACAUUCAAAGUUUUGGAGAGACCAAGGCUGGGAACAAGCAAGUUAUGACCACGUUAGUGAAGAUCAUCUCGCGCUGUGACGUGUGUCUCAUCCAAGAGGUGCGUGACUCCAAGGGUGAAGCUGUCCCGAUGCUCAUGAAGGAACUUAGCAAGUUUGAUAAAUCACACAACUACUCAUGGGUGGAGAGUAAAAGACUGGGCAAAACCAGCUACAAGGAGCAGUAUGUCUUUGUGUUCAGGGAUGACGUGCUGAGGGUUCGAGACCAAUUCCAGUAUCCGGAUUCUCAGCAAGGCGACUCGGAGGCCUUUUCCAGAGAACCCUUUGCUGUGCGUUUCCACUCCCCACACACAGCAGUGAAGGAUUUUGUCUUAGUGGCCCAGCACACUUGUCCAAAGGCGGCUGUCCGCGAGAUCGACGAGCUGUACCGGGUCUUCCAGGGAGUAAGGGGGCGCUGGAGAACACAGAAUAUCAUGUUUCUGGGUGACUUCAACGCUGCCUGCGGUUACGUCACAGCAAAAGACUGGGACGCGAUCCGUCUGCGUAAAAAUCCAGAUUUCAGCUGGCUGAUUGGUGAUGGGGAGGACACGACUGUGAGCGAGAAAACGCACUGUGCUUACGACAGGAUUGUGGUUCACGGAAAGGAGUUUUUGGAAGGGAUCGUGCCCAACUCUGCCAGACCGUUCAACUUCAAGAAGAGAUUCAGACUCACAGAGGAAGAAGCUCUGGAGGUGAGCGACCACUUCCCGGUUGAGGUGGAUUUGAAACCGAGCCCCAGACAGCCUCUUCACAGUGAGCUGUAAUGAACCCACGAGACCUAAUCAUGAGCAAGGCACACCACAGCUGGGAAACCGCCUUACCACACUAGAGAAACUGCCUGCGUCUGAUAGCUGUGUCCCACACGUUAGUUUCAACAAAAAAGUAAAGCAGAACCUGUCAUAUCCGAUCCUGUAGGAUCCCCUCUAUUAACAGAUGGACCCCGUUCACACAGGCUGCAUCUACCAACUGAACAGGACUGAUGGAAACUGAUCAAUGCACAAUUUAUUAGGGGGUUUAAAACAGUACAUUCAGCAGGUACCAGGACUGAAGUUGCAGACAAGAUGUUGCAUUUGGAAAUUCAGUUUCGAUUUUUACAUGCCGUCACUGAACUGUCCAGCUGAACCACAGUCAAUAAAACAAGGGAUUCAUCUAA